AUGGAAAUUAUAGCAAAAAUCAUUGCUGAAACUGUCGAGAAACUGCGAGAAGAAAACAUUUAUCCAAAGGAAAUUCUCGACAUUAUAUCCAAAUUGAAGCCCAGUGAAUCCUUUCUCAAGUUCAUAACCAAGGUUUUUCGUUUGUUCUGCAGAAAGCUCAACCAGGAUAGGAUGCUGGCAUUGUUUUAUGGCGAAAUAAUCAAAGAUUGGAGGGUGUACUUUCCGCCUUGUGACAAUCAAAAGGCUAUAAAUAUUUUGCUAAUUCACCUCCCGCAAAACUUGGUUGUCUAUCACAAACUUGCAAGCAACAAGCAACGUGAUGAUCAGGUAAGGUGUACUGUCAAUGUUAUUUAUUAAUAUAUGAUGUUUGUGCUACCGUGGUGUUACGUGGUGAAUGUGUGGUAAAUUUUGAUUUGGGAGAAUAUAUUAAAAACAGGAACUAAACUAGCAAAACCAUGGCCAUGCUAAUAAAAAAUACCACCUGAAAUUACCAACACCAACCAAAAGUACAAUGAUGCUUCCUAUUAACCGAUUGAGUUGCAUUGCGCCCUACUUUAUUAUUUUACUCUGUCUAACACCAGAUGAUUUUACUCGUCAAGGGGAGAGCGCUGGUGCUUAAUGGUUUAAAUACAUUAGGUCUGCUGGGCCUAUGGCACCUACCUUUUGGGAUGGGUAAAUUUACACAAUUACACUAUAGGAAUUUCUACAAAUUCCCUUCAACAAUCUGCCUUUAAUAAUUUUAGGGAGAAGAUGAAAUUGGUUUAAAACCAGAAGAAAUUGGUCCUCUCUCCUAUGUUACUGGGUAUGUCCUGCAGUCCCUCUACAGGAAAAGUAAAAACUCAAAGCACUGGAACUCUCCUCGUAGUCAGGAACUGCAAUUUCUACUUCAAUUUCUACUACUACUUGAGGAAACCAAAGAAGACCAAUACAUUCAGUCUUUAUCAAGAGGCGGUCUUUGGACCCCAAAUGAAACAAUAAAAACAUUGCUAAAACAACAGAAUUAA